AUGGUAGUGGCAAACAACAAAACACAAUGUUUUACAUGUAAUAAAGAAAAAAUAACAUAUUCCUGUGAAGGAUGUUCAAAAAGAUUUUGUUUCGUGGAUUUAGCAGAACACAAACAAAUACUAAAUGAAGAAUUAAAUCAUAUUAUUAAUGAUUUUGAUGAAUUUAAGCAAAGAAUUAAUGAACAAAGACAAAAUGAUUCAUUAAUAAAACAAAUUAAUCAAUGGGAAACAAAUUCCAUUGAAAUAAUUCAACAAAAAGCACAAGAAUGGAGAAAAAUUGUUAUUGGAUCUUCACAAACAUGUAUUGAUGAGAUUGAAAUGAAAUUCAAUGGUUUAUCUGAACAAAUAAAACAAAUUCAUCAGGAAAAUGAAUUUAAUGAAAUAAAUUUAAAUUAUUUAAAAACUGAAUUGAGAGAAAUUACAGAAGAGUUAAAUAAUUCAUCAAAUGUUUCUAUUCAACAAGAUUUACAAUCAUUUAUUUAUCAAAUUUCAAUAAUUUCAUCAAAAAAACCAAAAUUCAACAAAUGGAAACAAAAUGCCAUCACUGUAGCUGGUAGAAAUGGAAAAGGACAAGAAUUAAAUCAAAUCAAUUACCCUGACGGAAUCUUUAUUGAUGGGAAGAAAAAUAUUUUCAUUGCUGAUUGUGACAAUCAUCGUAUCGUUGAAUGGAAAUAUAAUGCAAAGGAAGGACAAAUCAUUGCAGGUGGAAAUGGGCAAGGAAAUCGAAUAAAUCAAUUGAACUGGCCAACAGAUAUGAUUAUUGAUCAACAAAAUCAUUCGAUCAUCAUUGCUGAUUUUGGGAACAAUCGGGUGAUUCAAUGGUUGGGCCAAAAUCAACAAAUUCUCAUUGACAAUAUUGACUGUUCUGGUUUGGCAAUGGAUAGAAAUGGAUUUCUUUAUGUUUCUGAUACUGAGAAAAAUGAAGUGAGACGAUGGAAAAUGGGAGAAUACAAUGAAGGAAUUGUAGUGGCAGGUGGAAAUGGGAAAGGAGAUCAACUCAAUCAACUCGAUUAUCCUACUUUUAUCUUUGUUGAUGAAGAUCAAUCUAUUUAUGUGUCAGAUUGCAACAAUCAUCGUGUGAUGAAAUGGAGAAAAGAUGCAAAAGAAGGAAUAAUUGUGGCUGGAGGAAAUGGUGAAGGAGCAAAUCUCAACCAGUUGUCUGAACCUCAAGGAGUAAUUGUUGAUGAUUUGGGUCAUAUCUAUGUGGCAGAUUCUUGGAAUGCUCGAGUGAUGCGUUGGUGUGAAGAAAAAGAAGAAGGUGAAAUUGUUGUUGGUAGAAAUGAAAAAGGAAAUCAAUUAGAUCAAUUGAACAAUCUCUGUGGAUUAUCUUUUGAUUACAAGGGGAAUCUAUAUGUUGCUGAUUGGUCAAAUCAUCGAAUUGAAAAAUUUGAAAAAACGAAAUUUUUAUCGAUUCAAUCAAAAACAUCGGUGAAAGAGUAUUGGUUAAAAAAUAUACGAAGAGGAGAUAAUCCGUUAUUUAGCAGAUUAUCAGAAAAAUAUGAGUCAUUAUACACAAUUGCUAAUGGUCCACAUACGGAUCUAUCUUCGAAUGCCAUUCUUGAAUCAUUUCUUUGGGCUUACUAUCGACAUCAUGAUAUAGUUCUUUCACCUGAUGAUAUGUGGUUAUUAGUAUGUAUGUUUUUUGCUCAGCAUGUUGAUGAUAAUGCCGAACAACUUCGAUCAAAUUUUGUUGAACAUAAUGAAGGAAAAAUAACGUUAACUACAUGUGAUUUCAAUGACAAAUAUGACUGGGAUGACUUUUAUGAUCAAAUGAAAAAAGAAGUUGUAAAAAAUACAAAGAAUAAUAUCUGUCAAUUACUAACAGUUGAUUUUUCUACAACUGGAAAAGUCGAAUCAAUUCUGUCCGCUGCAUGUAUUAUGAAUACAUUUAAAUUUUACUUUAAAUAUCAACGUGAAAUACGCAUCUGUGGAAUUCGACAAGUACAUUUCAUGGGUACAAUAAAUGAUUGGCAAUCGCUUCGUAUUAAAACUGAACAAUUAAAACUAUUUAGUAAUGAUCAGUUUCAUGGAUAUUCGAACGGUGUAUUGUCAAUUUUCGAUCAGUUUAUCGAAACCUACAAAGGUAAUGUCAAUCAUAAUUUUUGGAUUAAAGUAUGCGAUGUUAAACGAAAAACAAUAGCAGACAUUAAUCCGUGCGCUCCCUUUCAGCUCUCCUUAUUUCCAAAACGUAUACCCAUAGAAAAGCUUACUAGGUGGGUAGUGCAAUUGUUUGGUUUAGAAGAAUUCAUAGUUGAAUCUGAUGAAGAUGAUUCGAUUCUACCAUAUAUAUAUACACCAGUAGAAUUUCUAGAUGGAGGAAACGGUACAAGUGAUCAAUGUCACAUUGUUGGAGGAUUUCAUGGAAUCUAUUCGACAGAAAAUCGCUACAAACCUGUAAUGAGUGUGUCAGUUAUCCAGAUGCUCAAGUCAAAAACACAAAAUCAAAUCUUUAGCGAAGAAGACUGCACAACAUAUUUAUAG